GUUACCUUCUUACCUAUCUCUUUAACUACCAACAACCGAUCGUUAUUAUAUAAAAAGAGUAAUAAUCAAUGGGUUCAUUCAAUCACAUACGUGUGAAUGCGAUACUAUUAUCGACAGCAUUAACUACACUUAUCCACGCGUCUCCAAUAUCAACAAUCAACUCACCAGCAAACUCAAAUACCAGUUACUUUUCACCAGAAUUUCUCAUCAAGUUAGCCAGCAUUGUAGGGUUGGUUCUGCUAGGAGGUGUCUUUGCUGGCCUCACUCUUGGUCUGAUGGGUCUAGAUCAAACCAAUCUUCAUGUGAUGGUAGAAUCCGGAACAGCCAACGAGAAAAAGGAUGCUGCUCAAGUAUUGAAACUUCUUGAUCGUGGUAAACAUUGGGUGUUAGUUACACUGCUGUUGUCAAAUGUAAUUGUGAAUGAAACACUGCCGAUCAUCCUUGACUCUGUUCUGGGAGGUGGCUGGCAGGCCGUUUUAAUAUCCACGGCACUAAUCGUUAUAUUUGGAGAGGUGAUACCACAAUCAAUCUGCGUUCGUCAUGGACUUGCUAUUGGAGCUAGGUGCUCUUUUAUGGUUCUUGGGCUUAUGUACAUUAUGUAUCCAGUCGCAUACCCUACAGCUGUCUUGCUUGACCAUUUUCUUGGUGAAUCUCAUGGAACGGUAUACAAAAAGGCAGGCCUAAAGUCGCUUGUGUCACUUCACAAGACAAAUAGCGAUGGCGAUGUCGAUGGACUGACGGAGGAUGAGGUACAUAUUAUUGGAUCUGUCUUGGAUCUCCGAGAAAAGACAAUCGCCUCCGUCAUGACACCCAUCGAAGACGUCUUUACACUGCCAAUUGAUGCUGUCCUUGAUAGAAAAACCGUAGACAAGAUGCUCACGGCUGGGUACUCACGUAUCCCAAUCCAUGCCGUCGACAAUCCGACCCAGUAUAUCGGAAUGCUUCUAGUCAAACAGCUUAUUGCCUAUGAUGCAGACGAUGAACUUCCGAUCAGUAGAUUCCAUCUGAGUACUCUUCCAGAAGCAGCGUCUGACACAAGCUGUCUUGAUAUUCUAAACUUUUUCCAAGAAGGCAAGAGUCAUAUGGCAUUGGUUAUUGAUGUCAAUAAUCAAAAAUCAAGUUCAAUUGGUGUCAUAACUCUUGAGGAUGUGAUCGAAAGUCUUAUUGGAGAGGAAAUUGUUGAUGAGACCGAUGUGUAUGUAGAUGUUCACAAAAAGACCAAAGUUACACGCGGACGUACCAAUCCAGCACCACCUGAACUUCGACCACUUCUUCGGGUGGUCAGAACCAAGCAAUCAAGGAACCAGAUCCCCCAGAACAAAUCUUGGAGAUCUCAAAGGAACAAAAAUAGUCAGGAUCCUACAGGUGUAGAGAGACAGAUGAUGAACUAUGGUGCAUUGGUUGAUACACAAACAACCGAGAGUGACGUAGCCUCAACAAUAACGAAAGAUCAAGUAGGAUCAUUUCCUAAUAGAUCUGAAUAAUAAAACCCAGUAAUAAUUGAAUUGAUAUAUAUAUAUAUAUAUAUAUAUAUCAGCCAAUAUACUUCUUCUGUUUUACCAUGGC